AGGUGAGGAGGGGCGUGCGGAGCGGCCGGGAGGGGCGGUGAGAUCGAGCACGCCGCUGCCCGUCUCUCGCUCCGGUUUGCUGCCGCAGCCUCUCUCUCCCCUUCCCUCCGCAGCCAUGAAGACGAAGGUGUUCCUCGGCCUCAUCCUCAGCGCGGCGGUGACCGCCUGCCUGUGCCGGCCGGCAGCGAACGUCCCGGGAGGCUCCCACCGCCCCCCCUCCAGCCCGGCCCGGCGGGAUUGGCCCGAGCCCCCGGCCCAGGAGCAGCAGCAGCGCUUCAUCUCCCGCUUCCUGCCCCACGUCUUCGCAGAGCUGAGUGACCGCAAAGGCUUCGUGCAGGGGAACGGGGCGGUAGAGGCCCUGCACGACCACUUCUACCCCGACUGGAUGGACUUCGGCCGCCGGAGCGCCGAGGAUGCGGCCGAUGCUGCGUAGCCCCGCGGGGAG